CUUGUGAAAAGACGGGAAGAUCUUAACUCGAACCUAAUAUCUCGUCCUCAUAAAACCUUCUUAACCUUAAAACAUCAUCCUCAAGCAUUUGUCCUUUUUAUUGUUGGGUUUGCAAUAGGCCUUUAACCUUGGGCUGCCGCCUUCUACAUUUUUUUAUAUUAAACGACAUAGUUUAUGCCAUUCCGUAUUUUUUCUUUCUCGUUCUUCGCCUAUUAGAUUCAGAUUUCCCUCAUCUGGAACUGCCAUCCUCCGACCUAGGACCUACGUGCCGCACCUCCGUCUAGAGUCAAAUGUAUCGCCGGAAAAUUUAGUAGCGGAUCGUAGGUGCUCUAUAUUUUACAAAUACUCUCUGUUGUCUUGUUUCUCUCCCCCCAAUUUUUCCAUCUCCAAAUUUUCCUCAAAACAAACACAGGGUCAAAAGGAAAGUUAAGGGAGCUUCAAAUUUAACAGAGAACACAGUAUUAAUAUUUAAAAAAAAAACACAGAUGAACCUGAAAGAAGCUUUAUGGAGCAAGCAAUCAGAUUCCAACGAAUAUCCAUCCCCAUCAUCAUCAUCGCGAAGGGACCCAGAAUCAGAAGCAGCAUCGACUGCUGCAACGAAUGUGGUUGGUGAGCUAGUUAACUCUCUCAACAAGCAACGAAUCUAUAGAGAAGUCACCCUCGCUCUCCGCACCGGCCUCCGUGACGCACGCGCCGAGUUCUCUUUCCUCCGAGUUCGUGGCCUCCGUUUCCUUCUUAAAUCCCUCCGAUCCAUAGCCCAGUCUGACUCCUCCAUCAUCCUCUUUUCCCACACCCAAUCCAUCCCCGACCUCCAAGUGGUUCCUGUGUUGUUUGAGCAUUCAUUCAAGGAAACCGAGGAUGAUAGAGUGGAAAACUUGGAUCAUAUAUUCACUGUGGAGCCAAUGAAGAUUAACAGUCCUUCCACGGAUGCGGAAGUUGCUCUUGCGCUCAGAGUCUUGGAAGGCUGCUGUCUACUUCACCCUGAAAGCACUCGUUUGGCCCAUCAACACAAAGCCAUCCCGGUUUUGAUGAAUGUCUUAUCAACAAGAGGAGUACUUGAACAAGGUGCAUGCCUGGAUGCUUUAAUCUCGAUAAUGUUGGAUUCCUCAUCCAAUCAAAUGGAUUUUGAAGCAUGCAAUGGCAUUGAGGAAGUUGCAGAGCUCAUACGAGACAAGCAAGUGGAUGAAAAUCUCAGGUUGAAAUGCGGAGAGUUUUUGCUUCUACUCAAAGGACAUGUAAAUGGGAUGGAAAGGUCUCCCAUGGCAACCAUUAGUGAUGACUUAAGACGACUUUUAGGUGAAGAAUCUGCUUCCUUGAUAUGGGCAGCAAGUCAAUUUGGCUCAACUCUUGAUCCAGACCAGAGACUGACAGCUCUUCACAUCCAAGCUCGCAGGGUUCUGGAAUCCCUAGACUUGUACUGAGUUUUAAUUCAUACUACUCUUGAUGUUACUAGUUCCAAGGAAUGGUUCAUGGUGGAUUUAGAAGAUUCCAAGAUGUUAUUAUGGAACCAACACUAUGUUGGGUUUUAGUGACUGCUAGUUAUGAUGGGGGAGAAUGUUGCAGAAAUUCAGAUCUGUGAUUCAUUGUAUACUCGGUACAAAUGAUACAAAGUAUUAAGUGUCGUGCAUUUACAAAGCAAAUGUUUUCAUGUGAAGGGUUAGUUUAUCCAAAGUAGCAUAGAUGUCUUCUGUUUUCUCAUGAGACUUGUCAUAUGCAAUAAAUACAUGGAUAUCAUCCCU